AUGAUGGCAAAGAGACAAGGUUGUCAUCAAUCAUCAAGCAAAGAGAAAAAAUGGGUUUCAACUUAUGGCUUGUUCUCCCUCUCCUUCCUCUUAUUCUUUGCCACAGCCAAUUUCUCAGCCAACUGGGUUGACCUAUCAAGAAUAACAAGCACUACUCUUAUAAAGACAAUUGUCAUAUUCAAUAAGCAACAACUCCAGUUCCCACUUAACUGCACUGACAGAAACACAGCAGCAACAUGUUCAUCGUACUACCCCACAACAUUUGAGUCUGAUGGUGAUUCAUCAAAAUGUCCAGAUUACUUUAGAUGGAUCCGUGAAGAUCUAAAACCAUGGGAGAGCACAGGAAUCACAAGGGACAUGGUUGAAAGAGGUAGAAACGUUUCACAUUUUAGGCUUGUAAUUGUAAAUGGAAAAGUUUACGUAGAAAAUAUUGGCAAAGUGUAUCAGACAAGGGAUGUGUUCACAAUAUGGGGAGUUUUGCAACUUCUAAGGUUGUACCCUGGAAAGAUACCAGAUUUGGAUCUGAUGUUUCAGUGUGGAGACAAGACUGUUAUAUUGAAAAGAGAUUUCCAAGGACCACAAGCCAUGUCACCUCCACCUGUGUUCCAUUACUGUGGAGAUGAAAACUCACAUGACAUUGUCUUCCCUGAUUGGUCUUUCUGGGGUUGGCCUGAGAUCAACAUAGGACCAUGGGAAUCAACACUACAUAAUAUACUAGAAGGUAACAAGAAGACCAAUUGGACAGAUAGGACACCCUAUGCUUUUUGGAAGGGCAACCCAGCAGUGGCUAGAAUUAGGGGAGAACUCAUGAAGUGCAACCCCACAAAAGAACAUGAUUGGAAUGCAAGAUUAGAGAGCAUACAAUGGGACAGGGAGAAAGUAAGUAAUUACGAGAACUCAAAACUGGAAAAUCAAUGUACCUAUAGAUAUAAGAUCUACAUUGAAGGAGCUGCAUGGUCUGUGAGUCAAAAGUACAUAAUACUGUGUGACUCAAUGACCUUAUUAAUAGAGCCAACGUAUUAUGACUUCUUUACAAGAAACAUGUUACCUCUGCGACACUAUUGGCCUAUCAGUCCCAAAAAUAUGUGUGAAGACAUUAAACAUGCUGUGGACUGGGGAAAUUCUCACCUUGACGAUGCACAGGUGAUUGGCAAUAGAGGAACUGAGUACAUAAUAGAGAAUUUAAAGAUGGAGCAUGUGUAUGAUUACAUGUUUCAUGUGUUAAACGAGUAUGCAAAACUCUUGAAAUACAAACCAACCAUACCAGAAGGAGCAAGAGAGGUUUGUUCUGAAAGUAUGGCAUGUUCUGUACAAGGUUUACAAAGAAGUUUUAUGGUUGAGUCCAUGGUGAACUCACCAAGUGAUACACCUCCAUGUGCAGUACCUUCUCCUUAUACACCCGAAACUCUCAGAGAACUUCUAAAAGAAAAGGAAACUCUAAUCGAACAAGUGAAGACAAAGGGAAUCAGUACAAAGCAAUAG